CUUCCUCCACUCGUCACUCUGUCACUUUGUCUAACUGUGCGCGAGAAAAGCGGUUUGUCUACAAGUCAAGGCUGCUGCCUUUGCUUUGACAAACAUGAAGCUGUGGCUGAUCUGCGUUAUUUUCGGCAUCUUGCUGUGGGAUGUGAAAGCCAAGCUGUCCCCCCCCACAGUCCAGGUAUACUCCCAUUACCCUGGCAAAUAUGGGGAGCGCAAUACUCUUAUUUGCCAUGUCAGCGGAUUCUACCCCCCAGACAUCCAAAUUGACUUACUCAAGAAUGGGCAUGUGAUCCAAGAAACUUACCAGACAGACCUGGCUUUUGAGCAGGGCUGGCAGUUCCACCUCACCAAGUCUGUUUCCUUUGAGCCUCAGAAAGAUGAAACUUUUGAAUGCAGAGUGACCCACAUGCAGAAGACCAAUGAAUAUGUCUGGGAGCCUGACAUGUAGGAGAGUCAAGUGCACUGCUGAUGAUGUAGAAGAUACCAGCAGCAUUUAUCAAGAGUCAGUGGAAUAAUUUUCAUCACCAAAGGACCAGUACUGUUCAUUUCUUUUACACUUUAACUUAAAACAAAACAGCUCUGGUAAUGUGAAAUACAACCAGAUUAUUUUGAUUUUUUAAAAUUUGACUGUGACUUUCAUAAGUUACUUCAGCAUGACACACAUUUGUUUCUAAAUUAAUUUUAUUUAGCAAAGUAAAAGUAACAUGAAUGAUGGCACACUGACUGUACCAAACUCAAAAUAAGGCUCUUUAUAGUGCUUGCCUCUGUAUUUAAAUACAUGUAGGUAGUUAGUGACCACAGCAGUCAUUUUUUAAUUUUCUUUUACUUCUGUUACAUGUUGUAUCUUUUGUAGAGCUGUUAUUAUUUACUCUUCCUUCAGAAAAAAUGUGUUCUUCCUGUCAAUAGGACAAUAAUCGUUUUGAACCCAUUGCUAAAGUAUGCCUUAAUUAAACAUUGUGUGUGAGAAUCUGUGGCAAGAUUGGAAAAAAUAAAAAUGCCUGCGGGGAAAAUCAAAAA